AUGCAUGCAUCUCGCACGCUAACCCCUGCGGAAAAGAACUAUGGGCAAAUAGAGAAAGAAGCUCUAGCCCUCGUGUUUGCCGUCAAGAAAUUUCACAAACUGUUGCACGCUCGCCACUUCACGUUGUUGACGGAUCACAAACUAUUGCUGUCAAUCUUCGGUUCGAAGAAGGGCAUUCCCGUCUACUCAGCCAGCCGACUUCAGCGAUGGGCAACCAUCCUCCUUGGCUACGAUUUCGACAUUCGCUACUGUCGUACUACAGACUUUGGUCAGGCUGACGCCCUUUCUCGCCUCAUCAGCAAUCAGCAGGAACCGGAGGAAGAUACCGUGAUUGCAACUAUUUCGAUUGAGGACGAUGUGCGCCGUCAGCUAUCAGACGCCAUACGAGGUAUCCCCGUCACUGCCGCGGACAUCCGACGUGCUACUGAACAGGACCCUGUCCUCCGCCAGGCCAUCACCUACGUGCAGACCUGCUGGCCAACCACUGCUCUCGCUGGCGAUCUUCGCCAGCUCUUCCUCCGCCGAGCAUCACUAUCUGUGGUUGACUCCUGCCUCAUGUUUGCAGACCGUCUGGUGAUCCCAUCUUCCCUCCGACCCACUGUACUACGCCAGUUCCAUGCGGCUCAUCCUGGUACCAGCCGAAUGAAGUCUAUUGCUCGCAGUUUUGCCUACUGGCCGGGUAUCGACGGCGACAUCGACGACCUGGUUCGACGCUGUUCUCGAUGUCAGCAAGCUGCCAAGAUGCCGCCUCGUCAACCGCCAGUACCCUGGGAACCACCAGAGCGGCCUUGGUCACGCGUGCACAUCGACUUCGCUGGCCCACUUAACGGAGUCUCCUACCUAAUCUUGGUUGACGCCUACUCGAAAUGGCCCGAGAUUGCUCCGCUGAAUCCAGCAACCGCAUCUUCCACUAUCGCCUUCCUACGACGCAUCUUUAGCCAACAUGGCUUACCAGAAGUCCUGGUUUCAGAUAAUGGCUCUCAGUUUACUUCGUCGUCGUUUGAGGAUUUCUGCCGCCAGCACAACAUCCAGCAUCUUCGCUCCCCGUCCUACCAUCAUCAAUCUAACGGUCAGGCGGAGCGUUUUGUCGACACGUUUAAGAGAGCCCUCUUGAAAGCUCGUGGGGAGGGGACCACGGACGAGAUAGUCCAGGCAUUCCUGUUUUCCUACAGCACAACACCGAACCCGGCGUCCCCUGGUGGCGUUUCUCCUGCCGAAGCGUUGAUGGGCCGAAAACUGCGUACAACUUUUCAUGCCCUCGUCCCUACCGGUGCGCAGUCCGCGCAGACUUCUCUAGUCUCUCGCAGCAAGCUCUCCAUCGGAACGCCUGUCUUCGCCCGUGAUUAUCGAGCGGAGUUCCCAGACUGGAUUGAAGCAACCGUGGUAGCGCACAGAGGCAGGAUGUUGUUUGACGUCGACGUUGGUGGUGAAAUCUGGGUUCGUCACCGCAACCAGGUCCGACGGCGACAUUGCAGUAACACAACUGGGCUCGAUCCGGCGCCGUCACUCCCCCUUGACAUCCUACUGGAUACCUUCGCCAUUCCGGCAGAUCGGUCGGUUCCCGAACCCACUGCUGCGCCUCCUUCGGAUGUACCGCCUUCAAUAUCAGUCACUGCCCCCGGGUCUCCAGACAACAAACCACAACUAAGACGCCGAACCAACCGCGUGCGCCGAUUAACAGUGCCGAUGCAGAUCAAUCCACGCCAAAAGCGGUACUGA